AGCCCCACUCCAGCCAUGGUGGCAGCACCUACUCAGCCCCGGUCCAGGGAAGGACCCUGGAGCCUGGAGUCAGAGCCCCCUGCACUUCAUAUCACGGCUCCCCUACCUCCAGGGCCCAGUAUGGCAAUGCCCACCCCAGGCCCAGCAGAGAGGCCCAAUACUACACCCCCUAGCAGGGCAUGGACUCCGACCCGAGAAGGUCCUGGAGACAUAGGCAGGCCCUGGGCUCCAGAGGUCAUGUCGCAGACCACAGGGCUUGGGAUUGAGGGGACCAUCACCACCUCUACGGCUUCAGGGGAUGAGGAGGAGACCACCACCACCAGCACCAUCAUCACCACCACCGUCACCACAGUCCAGCCACCAGGCCCUUGUAGCUGGAAUUUCUCAGGCCCAGAGGGCUCUCUGGACUCCCCCACAGCCCCCAGCUCACCCCUUGAUGUCGGCCUGGACUGUUUCUACUACAUCUCUGUCUAUCCUGGCUACGGUGUGGAAAUCAAGGUCCAGAACAUCAGCCUCCGAGAAGGGGAGACAGUAACUGUGGAGGGCCUCGGGGGGCCUGACCCCUUGCCCCUGGCCAACCAGUCUUUCCUGAUGAGGGGCCACGUCAUCCGCAGCCCCACCCACCAAGCGGCCCUGAGGUUCCAGAGCCUCCCACCACCCGCUGGGCCUGGCACCUUCCAUUUCUACUACCAAGCCUAUCUCCUGAGCUGCCACUUUCCCCGACGUCCAGCUUAUGGAGCUGUGACUGUCACCAGCCUCCACCCAGGAGGUAGUGCCCGCUUCCACUGUGCCACUGGCUACCAGCUGAAGGGUGCCAGGCUCCUUACCUGUCUCAACGCCACCCAGCCCUUAUGGGAUUCUCAGGAGCCUGUCUGCAUUGCUUCCUGCGGUGGAGUGAUCCGCAAUGCCACCACGGGCCGUAUCGUCUCUCCCGGCUUCCCGGGCAACUACAGCAUCAACCUCACCUGCCACUGGCUGCUUGAGGCUCCCGAGGGCCAACGGCUGCACCUGCACUUUGAGAAGGUUUCCCUGGCAGAGGAUGACGACAGGCUCAUCAUCCGCAAUGGGGACAAUGUGGAGGCCCCGCCCGUGUAUGAUUCCUACGAGGUGGAGUACCUGCCCAUUGAGGGCCUGCUCAGCUCCGGCCGACACUUCUUUGUGGAGCUCAGUACUGACAGCAGUGGUGCGGCUGCAGGCGUGGCCCUGCGCUAUGAGGCCUUCCAGCAAGGCCAUUGCUACGAGCCCUUUGUCAAAUACGGCAACUUCAGCAGCAGCGCACCCUCCUACCCUGUGGGUACCACCGUGGAGUUCAGCUGCGACCCUGGCUACACCCUGGAGCAGGGCUCCAUCAUCAUUGAGUGCGUUGACCCUCAUGACCCCCAAUGGAAUGAGACAGAACCCGCCUGCCGAGCUGUGUGCAGUGGGGAGAUCACAGACUCGGCCGGCGUGGUGCUCUCCCCCAACUGGCCAGAGCCCUACGGCCGUGGGCAGGACUGCAUCUGGGGCGUGCACGUGGAGGAAGACAAGCGCAUCAUGCUGGACGUCCGAGUGCUGCGCAUAGGCCCUGGUGACGUGCUUACCUUCUACGAUGGGGAUGACCUGACAGCCCGGGUCCUGGGCCAGUACUCUGGGCCCCAUGGCCACUUCAAGCUCUUUACCUCCAUGGCCGACGUCACCAUACAGUUCCAGUCGGACCCCGGGGCCUCAGUGCUGGGCUACCAGCAGGGCUUUGUCAUCCACUUCUUUGAGGUGCCCCGUAAUGACACGUGUCCGGAGCUGCCUGAGAUCCCCAAUGGCUGGAAGAGCCCGUCGCAGCCUGAGCUGGUACACGGCACUGUCGUCACUUACCAGUGCUAUCCUGGCUACCAGGUGGUGGGAUCCAGUGUCCUCAUGUGCCAGUGGGACCUAACCUGGAGUGAGGACCUGCCCUCCUGCCAGAGGGUGACUUCCUGCCAUGACCCUGGGGAUGUGGAGCACAGCCGACGCCUCAUAUCUAGCCCCAAGUUUCCCGUGGGGGCCACCGUGCAGUACAUCUGUGACCAGGGUUUUGUGCUGACGGGUAGUGCCAUCCUCACCUGCCAUGACCGCCAAGCCAGCAGCCCCAAGUGGAGCGACCGGGCCCCCAAAUGUCUCCUGGAACAUCUCAAGCCGUGCCAUGGCCUCAGCGCCCCCGAGAAUGGUGCCCGCAGUCCUGAGAAGCAGCUGCACCCAGCGGGGGCUACUGUCCACUUCUCAUGUGCCCCUGGCUAUGUGCUGAAGGGCCAGGCCAGCAUUAAGUGUGUGCCCGGACACCCCUCACAUUGGAGUGACCCCCCACCCAUCUGUAGGGCUGCCUCUCUGGAUGGCUUCUACAGCGGCCGCAGCCUGGAUGUUGCCAAGGCGCCUGCUGCCUCCAGCACCCUGGAUGCUGCUCACAUUGCAGCUGCCAUCUUCUUGCCGCUGGUGGCAAUGGCGCUCUUGGUGGGAGGUGUGUACCUCUACUUCUCCAGGCUCCAGGGGAAAAGCCCCCUGCAGCUGCCCCGAACACGACCGCGCCCUUAUGACCGCAUCACCGUGGAGUCAGCAUUUGACAAUCCGACUUACGAGACUGGAUCUCUUUCCUUUGCAGGAGACGAGAGAAUAUGA